UGCUGCAGGGACAGGAUGGCCCACUCGGAGAGAGCUCUGCCCUGGCUGCUGUUGCUGGCACUAGCCUUGCUGGGCACCAGCAGAGCAGAGCGGGACUGCCGAGUAAGCAGUUUCAAAGUCAAGGAGAACUUCGACAAAAACAGGUACAGUGGUACCUGGUAUGCCAUGGCAAAAAAAGAUCCUGAGGGGCUGUUUCUGCAGGACAAUGUGGUAGCCCAGUUCACUGUGGAUGAAAAUGGACAAAUGACUGCCACUGCAAAGGGCAGAGUCAGACUCUUCAAUAACUGGGAUGUCUGUGCUGACAUGAUUGGCUCUUUCACUGACACAGAGGAUCCUGCUAAGUUCAAGAUGAAGUACUGGGGUGUUGCCUCUUUUCUUCAGAAAGGAAACGAUGAUCACUGGGUAGUGGACACAGAUUAUGAUACAUAUGCUCUUCAUUACUCCUGCCGCCAACUAAAUGAAGAUGGCACUUGUGCUGAUAGCUAUUCCUUUGUGUUCUCCCGGGACCCCAAGGGAUUGCCUCCAGAGGCACAGAAAAUUGUCAGACAAAGGCAGAAAGACCUGUGCUUGGACAGAAAAUACAGAGUUAUUGUUCAUAACGGAUUUUGCUCUUAAGGAGACCCAAAACUAUGGAAAGAAACCAUGUAACAGCAUCGUGGAUGUAAAGUUAACACAUUGAUUGGGUGUUCUCUUGAAAACCUUCAUUUAGAUUUUGAGUAUAUUUAUCUGGCCUGUGUAGCUCACCUAGUUAAUAAACCAAUGAAACAUUUUAAUAAACUUGGAUUACAGGGGAUGCAAGUAGUUUGUAUGCAAAUCUGUACAUACAUAGACAUUGGUUUUAUUAGUAAACUGUUAUCGUAAUGCACUAUUUUGAACUGACAACAGAUGAUGAUAAUGAAGAAUUUAAUCCUUUUUGAGGUUUAAAUUUCUGACUAAGAGUUUUAAUUAAAAGCUCCAAAAUAUGUGUAUUUUAUUUUCAAAUACAAUGUCAUCUUUUUUCUAGGAAAUACUGGAAAUCGAUCCCAAUAGCAUUUAGAUAAGAGGAAGGAAUUUCAGUGACCCUAUA